AUGACCAAUUUAAUUAAUCCAGGGCCACGAUUGUUGAAAAAGAAGAUGGGAGGGCUCACAACUCGAUACAUUCCUCGCAGCAAUGAGAGACCUUUAGCGGGUUUGGGCGAGACCAAAAUAAUAACUGCUUCUGAAAAGAAACAAACUUCUAACCUUAGUGCUGCUUCUAGGUAUCGUGGACUGGCCAGCGGGAUCGCGAAAGGCACCUUAGUAGCAUAUAGAGUCAAGCAACCAAAACCGUCCUACGAAGAAAUCUCACAUCGAGACCUUAAAGUGAUUGGUUAA